UUGUUGUCUUCAGCAAUAUAUUCCUACUUUCCAAUAAAUAAUAAAACAAUUCUAGCGCGCCAAUCAAACAGUGGUUACUUAAGUGAGUGUAAUUGUUGAUAAUUUUGAGCAAAGCGAAAAAUUAAAUUGACUUAAAAUGCCAAUGCGAGAAUAAUUUUCCCAAAGUUUGUAGAUAAGCCUCGACGCAUAUUUCAAACUUUGCGGAAAAGAGUAGAAGCUUUUAAUGUUUCAAAAGUGUUGCCCAAUUGGCGUCAGCUGUGAAUUGUGAGUCAUUUCCUAGCUAUUAUUUCCAGCCUCAAUCAUUGAGAAAUUCGGAAUCACUUGCUAUACACAGAGAGGCAGCCAUCAGUAAGUAAUUUACACCCGCAUCAAAUAGUCACGCUAUGGCUGCAGCUAUGAAGAAUAAACUACACACCGAGCAGCAGCUCAAAUCAGUUGAUUCCUUGGAAAGUACUCGUCGCAUACUCAGCAUGACGGAAGAACUCAACGAGAUGGAAAUUCGCUCUCUUAAUCCUUUGUAUGAUCAGGGCGAGCUAUUGGAUCGCAUUGAGGAGGGAAUGGAUCGCAAUAAUGCGGAUAUGCGUGAGGAGGAAAAGAAUCUCAGCGGCAUGGAGAAAUAUUAUGGCAUCAGCGUGCUGCCGUGUAAUAAAAUUAUUCUGAAGGAUGACUGGAAAGCGAAUGAUAUGGAAUCCGAAUUGGAGAACCCAAACAAACAAAUCGAACCCAUCAAUGCCAAGGACGGUGUUAAUCAGGUGUCAAAAUUUAAUGAUCAAUUAUAACUGCUUGAUACCGAUCACCAGUAGAUGUAGCAACAACAAAAAAAGUCUAUUUAUGAACCGUUUCUUGUUUGUGUAAUAAGAUAAUAAUUUUUGUGCAAAUUUUAAAAAAUUUACAUUUUUUUCUUCAAAGUCAAUGGCAAUGAAAAUGAAAUAAUUUAAUAUAUAUGUUUUUUGUCCUCAGCA